AUGCGAGGCGAGGCCCGAACCGAACAGAACCACCAAUCGCAGAGGUUGGCUGAGUGGCCGUCAAACCCGAGCCGCUCAUGUAAUAAAGAAAAAAAGGUCAAUACAUCCCCAAGCAACAUCUCGCCGCGUUAUCGGACCUGAAAAACUGGAAAAGGACAACUUUUGAAUUUCUCACUUCUUAGGUUUCAGGCAUGGCUUCGAAGCGGAUCUUGAAGGAGCUGAAGGAUCUCCAGAAGGAUCCUCCUACAUCCUGCAGUGCUGGCCCCGUUGCUGAAGACAUGUUUCAUUGGCAAGCAACAAUAAUGGGUCCUCCGGAUAGUCCUUAUGCAGGGGGGGUCUUUUUAGUUACUAUUCAUUUUCCUCCCGAUUACCCAUUUAAACCACCUAAGGUUGCAUUCAGGACGAAGGUUUUCCACCCAAAUAUUAACAGCAAUGGUAGUAUUUGCCUCGACAUCUUAAAAGAGCAGUGGAGCCCUGCCCUGACUAUAUCCAAGGUGUUGCUGUCUAUAUGUUCUUUGUUGACGGAUCCGAACCCUGAUGAUCCCCUGGUGCCUGAGAUUGCUCACAUGUACAAGACAGACAGAGCCAAGUAUGAGACGACUGCCAGAAGCUGGACUCAAAAGUAUGCAAUGGGCUAGUGUGCUUUACAAAGAAAACUCUGGGGGACCUGGUCCUCUCCAUCAAUGUAUAAAUGAAGUGUGAUUGCCCUCUUUUCUUCUGUAAUGGAAAAAUAAAAGGAUUAUGUUCAAAUAUUAUCCGUCAUAAAACAGAGACCAUGAUUUAGAUUGGUCGUAUGGAAAUUGGUGUUUGAGACAAUUCUAAAUGUUUUCAUAAACAUCUUCAAAUAACAACAAUAGCUGUUCGUUCGUUUA